AUGAAGAUCUGGAGCUCGGAGCACGUGUUCGGCCACCCAUGGGACACGGUCAUCAAGGCAGCCAUGCGGAAGUACCCGAACCCCAUGAACCCUUGUGUGGUGGGUGUGGACGUGCUGGAGCGCGGUGUGGAUGGAAGCGGGCGCCUGCACAGCUUGCGCCUGCUCAGCACUGAGUGGGGGUUGCCCAUGCUCGCACGAGCGAUUUUGGGAACCAGUAGGACUUCGACAUACGUCGAAGAGCGCUCUGUUGUGGACCCUGCAGAAAAGAAAAUGGAGCUUUGUUCCACCAAUAUAAGUACAGUUUUUAUGUCAGUAGAAAAACAAUGA